AUGAAAUUUAAGAAUUAUAUAUCUAGUCUGUUAUGGAUCCAAUGCAUUCGAGCUCAACAAGAUGAUCCAUGGAGGAAAGCUAGAAAGUUGAUGUCGCAAUUGAUAGAAAAACCUGAUGCCAUAAGGCAGCAAUCUCCUGAACUUAUAAAAGAUGGAGAUAUCAGUAUAUAUAUUCCAACCAGUCACAACGAAACUCGUGAAGAAUUAGAAUUUGAAGCGUUCUGGAAAGAGCCAACUAAAAAAUAUCAAGUUGACCUUCAUAAUUGGUUGAUAGAAUCAAGUGAUAAUUAUGAUAACAAAAAUGCCACAUAUACUUUAGCCCAAAUAUAUUUAGAUUCGUUAUAUGGAAUACCCCAUAAUGAAACUUUAGCAUUCCGUUAUCUUGACAAAUAUAACCAUUUAACGAAUUAUACAAACUCAAAAACGCUAUUCCAACAGGCCGUCGCAUAUUCGACAGGUUUAUUUGGAACAAUACCGAUUGAUUCGGCAAAAGCACUACUCUUUUAUCAGAGGUCAGCCAGAUUGGGAAAUAUUCAGGCCAAACAGGUAUUAGCAUAUAAAUACUACAGUGGAAUUAAUGUCCCAAGGGAUUCGAAUAGAGCUUUAAUUCUUUAUAAAGAGAUAGCCGAAUUAUUAAAAGAUAAAUAUAGCGAAGAUCAGUGGUCUUUCCAAUUUCCAUCGGAGGAAAGUUUUAAUAUCAGAGUUCCUGAUUUUGAAGAUGGGUUAUUAGGUACAGGAUUAAGUCAUAUGUCUACAAGUACCUCUAGAAAGAAGUCUGCAAGACCUGAUAUUACUUCAAGCGUUCUUACUAGUAUAAAUGGUGGAAAUGUCGUGUUGAGAUUUGGUAACACAGAUCGUUCUAAUCCCUUUUUGGUAGAUGAAAAUGAUGAAACUGAUGACCAGAUUGUUGAUAUUUUUUACACUGCAUUCGAUGAAUAUGUAGGUACAUACACAUCUGUCAAAAAUGCCACAAGAGCCCGGUUACUUUUAGAGGCCACAUACUAUGAAUAUGAUGCAGAUGUUGCAUAUUUAGAUAAUUUGCAGAGAUAUUUCUAUGGCCAAUGUCUGGAUUUAUUGGGUCAUAUAUAUUUCACUGGUGAUGAUCUUGAAAAACCAGAUAUAGCAAAAGCAGAAAAAUAUUUAAAACGAUCAUUGAUAAUUAUUGAAUCUUCCUCCAAGGUUAAAAGCGGUGCAAAUGUAGAUCUUGGUUUAAUCUACCAAUAUUAUUAUUUUAAUGAUACAAAAGCAAUUCAAUAUUACAAGAAGGGUAAAGGAAAGACGAAUAAUAAUGGUAUUGUUGAGUACCAGCUAUCAGUUUUGACAAGCCAAUACCCAGAUUUGUUAUUAGGUGAUCCCUUCUUGUUGAUGGAACAAGCAAAAUCCAAGGGUUUUAUACCAGCAAGAUAUGAAUACGCAAAUAUGCUUGAAAAAGGCGUUAAUGAUCGCUAUAGUUGUGAAAACACUGCAUAUAAUUAUAAAACUUUUGUAGAAGAAAAUGAAGGUCAAAUGGCGCCUCACUUAAGGUCUGCAUUCAAUGAGUUAUUGUUAGGGAACUCAGGAGUGGCGUUAUGGAAAUAUGCUCAAGCUGCUGAACAAGGAUAUGAGACGGCACAAGUUUCUACUGCUUAUCUAUUGUACCAAGUUCCACUGGAGUUAGAUGAUCCCCCAAUCACUACCGAAGAAAGAAAGUUAUUAGCAGUAACCUAUUAUACUAGGGCAUUUAAACAAAAUAAUAUCGAUGCUGGUGUCAUUGCAGGGGAUAUUUAUUAUGGUCUUGAAACCUAUGAGAAAGCUUUUUCAUUAUAUCAAAGUGCAGCUUUGAAAUAUUCUACUCAAGCUAUUUGGAACCUUGGUUAUAUGUAUGAGUACGGUCUCGGUGUCCCAGUAGAUUUCCAUUUAGCCAAAAGAUAUUAUGAUCAGGUUCUGGAACGUGAUGGUAAAUUAUAUAUGGCGAUCAAAUUGAAUGUAAUGAAGUUACAAUUGAAAUCGUUUGCAACAUGGCUCCUGGGUAGAGACAGAAUUCCAUACAAGAUGAUAGAAGAACAAAAACUGGUACUAAUCAGAACCUUAAAAAAUGGCAAAAAAUUAUUUUACAAUUAUUUCAGUUGGCCGUUUUCAAAUAAACCAGCGGAUAAUGUUGAUAGUCACAAGCAUAAAAUUACUGUAGAAUCUGGAUGGGACAGCAACUUGGCUAGUGAUGGUGAGGAAGGUGGAUUUUUGAGUGGGUUCAACAUAGUAAACGAAGAUAUCUUCACACUAGUUCUUGUUGUGAUAUUUUUCUUUGGUUCUUUCUUUCUUAGACAAAUGGCAGAGAGGAGAGGAUGGAACGUUCAAGUCAAUGGCAUUCCAAUAGGUCAACAAAAUCAAGAGGAUAAUGAGAACAACGAAAAUGGUAAUCCGAAUAUGCGUGGUAACGGCUGGAACUUUGAAGUUCAAUUCUUCGCCAUUUGA